UUAACUAAUCAAGCACAGGUGCAUCUAAUUUGGUAAUCAGCCAAACACUACAUAUACAGACUUCCUACCUACCUCAGUCUAUCGUGAUUGUUUUCGGAUAUACUGCUUCGAACUGCCAACAUGUCUGAAGUCGAGCUUUACCCUUCUGACGACGAGUUCUACGCUCCACCGCAUGCCACCGGCUCAAAACAAGCAGCUGGCUUCAUGGCAAUUCCUCCGACCGGCUCUAAGGAACUCCCGAGCCAACCCGGAUCUUCUGCCGAACCACACGUCUCGGCUCGCGGCCGGAAGUCCAAAAGGCCCACCACCCGCACUCCUACACAGCGCAAUCUCCGUUCACCUCCACCUUCUAGACAGCCUUUACAAUCUCCAACAUCUUCUUAUGCCUCAGCUUCUCCAUCCAUCCCUCCCAUCUCGAAAUGGACCGUCGCGGGUUUGAGACAAGCUCUGACAAACUCUGAAGUUAAGUUCUCUCGCAAGUUGAGCAAAGCCCAACUUUACGAGCUUUAUAUUUCUUUGGGAAAUGAUUCACCCACCCCAAAAAAGGUAACAAAAUCUCGCAAAACCAAAAGUCAACAUUUCAUUCUAACGUCAUCUUCUUCCAGAUCAAGUUCCGGUUCACCUCAAGCACCUAGACGCAACAGACCGUCAGCGAGUCUAGGCCACGCCCCAGACUCAGCCGUCUCUCACACUGCUCUGCCUCCCUCCUCCUCCCAACCAAUCGCUGCAGCGAGCCAAUCGGCUACAGCAGGCUUGGUUUCUCAACCCUUCAUUUUUUCCCCGGCUGCAGACGCUGGCGUGAGGAUGCCUCCGCCAGCCCCUCAAACUCAGCCUCUUCUACCUUUUCCUUCUGCUACUUUUCCCUACCAAUGGCCAGCAGCCCCUGCUGGGGGUGCACAAGCAGCACACCAUCAGCCUGCUACAGCGCACCGACCUUCUCCCUCUUUUCCAUCCUACGGGCUUCUCCAAGCUCCAGGGGUCAAUCCGUGCGUGAGGCUGCCUCCGCAAACGGCUACGCCCCCCCUAUUUUCUCAAUUUCCUCCUACUCCUUUCUACGGGCUUCCCCAAGACCCAGGCGCUAAUCCGUGCGUGAGGCUGCCUCCGCAAACGGUUUCAGCACCUCUUUAUCUUCCUUCCAACUCAUCUUUACAAGACAAACCUCGCUACACUCUUUUCACAGCAACCCCCCUACCUACCCCAGUGAAUGCUGCCGCUCUGGAACCACCUCCCGUGCCUAACUCCAUCAAAACGCAGAUUCUGACAGAAAUUCAGAAUGCUGGCUCCGGAGGCAGACCCAUCACCAACCCCAGUACCUCAUUAUUCACAACUCAUAUUCCCAUAACGCAUCCUUUAAAAGCGCUCCUCGACGCGUCACUCGAUUCUAUUCUCCAAGCAGUUUCACCUAGAACCAUUAAUUCAUAUCUAACAGCAUGGAGAUGUUUCAAAACAUUUCACCUUUCUUUUAACCUGCAAUUUCCAGAUUUUUCUCUCCUCACAAUUACUUCAUUUAUUUCCUACCUCAAUUCCGUUAAGAACCUCCAAGUAGGGUCUAUUAAAGGAUAUUUAAGCGGCAUCCAAUUUUUUCAUAAAUUAAUCUACGGUUUCCCCUCCCCCGAAUUAAAUAAUUCUCAAACUUCUCUUCUAAUUAAAGGAAUCCAGCGCUCUCGUCCUUCAAAAAUAGAUUCAAGACAACCUAUAACCCUGGACAUCCUCACAAAAUGUCUCCAAAUUCUCCGCACAGGUUAUCAUUCGAUCCAUACAGCUCAUACCCUUGAUGCCAUGUUUUUAUUGUCUUUUUUCGGUUUCCUGAGAUGCUCCGAAAUUGCAAUAAACUCAAAAUUCAACCCGAAAAUCCACCCGACUAUCUCCGACUUGUCCAUUCUCGAUAGUGAAACAAUCGCUUACUUCAUCAAACAAAGUAAGACGGACCAAGAGAAGAAAGGCCAUUAUAUAUACAUUUUUAAUCUCCCAUCCCCAAUUCAACCGUAUCAGGCUCUUUUGUCUUAUUUAAAACUCAGGAAUGCCCAGUCUAAAUCCGCAAUAGACCCUCUAUUCGUCGACGACUCCAACCAUCCCGUUACACGUUUUUGGUUCCAAAAACACUUAAAACAAAUCAUAGCUCUGACAGGUUUACCCGUGGAGCAUUUUUCCAGCCACUCAUUUCGCAUUGGAGCAGCAACUACCGCAGCUCAAAAAGGUCUAUCACAAAAUCAGAUACAAGCCCUCGGUCGAUGGUCAUCAGACGCUUUCAAAAGCUACAUCAGAUAUAAUCAUCUUCACAUUAAAGAAGCACAUGCAGCCCUGAUCGGUUAAACAUGU